CUCCUCCCUCCGGUGUCUCCCGGAAAGCGCUCCGCCGCGCCCGCGCGCGGUCUCAGCCGGGCGCGCGCCUCGGGCUCUGGGGGAGCCGAAGACGCGUGGAGCUGUGCGAGGACCCGCGGGCGGUGCAGCACACCUAUGAUGUAUGUUUUAGAAAUAGAUGUUAAACUUUGGUUCGAAUGAAAAAUGUCUGUCAAUCCACCUAUAUUUCUCAAAGACAAAGAAGAAAAUUCAAAAUUUGUGGAAAUACAACAGUCACAAACUACUUCCAUAGCUGCAGAAGAUCCUCUUCAAAACUUAUGCCUAGCAUCUCAAGAAGUUCUUCAAAAAGCUCAGCAAAGUGGAAGAUCAAAAUGUCUCAAAUGUGGUGGUUCAAGAAUGUUCUAUUGCUAUACAUGUUAUGUCCCAGUUGAAAAUGUACCUAUUGAGCAGAUGCCACUUGUGAAGCUUCCACUGAAGAUUGACAUCAUUAAACAUCCAAAUGAAACAGAUGGCAAAAGUACUGCUGUACAUGCAAAACUAUUAGCACCUGAAUUUGUAAAUAUUUACACGUAUCCUUGUAUUCCAGAAUAUGAAGAAAAGGACCAUGAAGUUGCACUGGUUUUUCCUGGACCUAAGUCUAUUUCAAUAAAAGAUCUUUCUUUUCAUCUGCAAAAAAGGAUUCAAAAUAACGUUGGAGACAAAAAUGACCCUGAGAAGCCAUCUGUUAAGCGCAAGAAAACUGAAGAACAGGAUUUAAAUGACAGCAAGGGCCAAGACACAACACUGAAAAAAAUUAUAUUUAUCGAUAGCACCUGGAACCAAACAAACAAAAUAUUCACUGAUGAGAGACUUCAAGGACUGUUACAAGUUGAAUUGAAAACAAGAAAAACUUGCUUUUGGCGCCAUCAAAAAGGAAAGCCAGACACCUUCCUUUCCACAAUUGAAGCUAUUUACUAUUUUCUAGUAGACUACCAUACUGAUAUAUUAAAAGAGAAAUACCAAGGACAAUAUGACAAUCUCUUAUUUUUCUACUCUUUUAUGUACCAGCUGAUAAAGAAUGCCAAAUGUUCUGGAGACAAGGAAAUGAGAAAACUUAUCCAUUAGUUUUUAAAAAGCUACUUAUGUCAUUUUAUUUUGCUAAAAAUCAAUAAACCUUUACUUGUGCUUUGUUUA